UUCACAUAGCUACAUGAUCAUUUGUAUGUCAAAUAUGUGUAGCAAAGAAUUUCAGUGAUAGUGGUGAUGUAAUUACCAGAACCUAGGCAACUAUCAUAAUGUCCACAACAAUAUGUAUCCAGUAACAAACAGUAGUAACUGUCAUACUCUUUCCCCUAUAUAUAGUAGUGGGGCUGGCCGAGACAUCCUACACUAUAGGAGAGUCAGAUGAAGUGGUUGAGGUGUGCAUCAAUGCAGUUGGUACCACUUCUUUGUGUCCCAGCACCGAAUCUUUCCAUGUCACUCUCUCCACUAGCGAUCAAACUGCAGAGAGUCCAGCAGACUAUGUGGCAGUGGACCAAGUGCUGACGUUUGCUGCCUGUGAAAGCCAGCGUUGUGUGAAUGUGAGUCUGGCCAAUGACCUGGUCAGUGAACCGGAGGAGACCUUCUCUCUCAGUCUCACACGGUCCACCAGAUCUCAUGUCUCCUUCACCUCCGCCACUGGAGUGGUGGUUAUUACUGAUGAUGAUGAGAGGCCAGCGGAGGUCAGUUUCCUCCCAGUGAAUGCCACAGGAGUGAGGAUCUCCUGGAGUGGCAGUGUCCACCUCCCCACCUCCAUCCACUACACCGUCUCCCUCUCCACCAAUGGCGUCAUCAUUAGCCAAUACGACAGGGUAUACCCACCAGGAACCGCCUCCGAUGUCGUGGUCUUGGACGAUGACAUUACCCUUACCAAUGCAUAUUAUGUGCAUAACUUCACUUUGUAUUACAUCAUAGGAAAUGAUGUCACGCUUGUCCAAGGACCUCCAACCAAUGUACCCUUUGCUUUUGAUAAAACGUCUUUUCAAAUUCAGUUUGGACCUUUUCAAUACUGUCUGGACUGGGGAUUGAAGAAAAUUGCUCGUAUUGAGAAAGAGCUCCAGGCUUACUUGAUUCAGAUAAUUCGUGAAGCUUGCAGUGACUGCUACAAAUUAACCCCGUCAUUCCUGAGACCAGGACUGUUUCUAUGCCACAGUAACCCCACCAAAACCACCUACCGCUCCACCCUCGUUAACCCUUUCCCCGCCACAAACUCCACCCACCUGACGGUCUGCUGGUGAGGGUGAGUCCGGCCUGCCCCACUUCUAUCUCCAGUCUCGAUGAAGAAGAGUGUGAGACUGGUACCUGAGGAACCUUGGAGAGGAAGUCUGCAGGCUCGGUGGCUGCUGAGUUGUGGACACAUACUAAUA